AUGUUCCUGUACAGGACCACCUACCAUACGGCACUGGAGGAGACGCCCGGGCGGUGGCUAUUUGGAACGAGGGUUGCCACCCCCGAGGAGCGGGAGAUUAGCGAGCGCCUCAUCGACCGCAACGUGGAGCGGUACCGAUGGCUCACGCAGGAGCGCGACGAGACCAUCGAGACCAUGGAGGGGCGGGCCCGAGAGGGGGCCGACAAGAGGAACGCCGGGCGGCGGCCCCUCGAGCUACGAAGAGGGGACAUCGUUGUCGUCAGGGACCCCACGACCCGCCGCCAGGAUUGGGGGUUGCCCCAGAGAGUGGAGCAGGUGAGCCCGCAGGGCCAUCGGGUAACGACGCGGGACCUGUUGACGGGUCGGGUGCAAGACCGGCAUGUGACUCGGGUCCGUAGGGUGGAGCGUCCUGGGGACCGGCGCCAGGUCGCCACCUGGGUGGCCGAGUACCGCCUGGAGGGCGUGGAGAUCUCGGCCGAGGAACUAGAAGAGAAACUGCGGGCUGCGGUGGAGGUCGGUGAGGAGGCGGGGCCAGUGGAGCGACCCGUAGAACGGUUCGACCUCGGCCCGGACGAGGAAGACGCGGAAGACGAGGGGAGGAUAGCGGUGAAGGAGGAGGUUCCCCAGCGGGAGGACGCGGCGAGGGAGCCGCCCAGGAAGAGGACCCGCAGGGAGUAA